AUGGAGCUGUGUGUGCAGGAGAAAGCUGGGCCUGGGGAGCAGGGCGGUCUGACCGCCUUCCCCCUCUUCCUGUACUGCCCUCCCCAGGCCUCCCCAGUGUUUCAGACACACCUGGAGGAGCAGAAGAAACCCAAGACAGCUGAAAACCAGAAGGCAUCUGAGGAGAAUGAGAUUACUCAGCCGGGUGGAUCCAGCGCCAAGCCGGGCCUUCCCUGCCUGAACUUUGAAGCUGUUUUGUCUCCAGGCUCAGCCCUCAUCCACUCAACACAUUCACUGACAAACUCGCACGCUCAUACCGGGUCAUCUGACUGUGACAUCAGUUGCAAGGGGAUGACCGAGCGCAUUCACAGCAUCAACCUUCACAACUUCAGCAAUUCCGUGCUCGAGACCCUCAACGAGCAGCGCAACCGUGGCCACUUCUGUGACGUGACGGUGCGCAUCCACGGGAGCAUGCUGCGCGCACACCGCUGCGUGCUGGCCGCCGGCAGCCCCUUCUUCCAGGACAAGCUGCUGCUGGGCUACAGCGACAUCGAGAUCCCAUCGGUGGUGUCGGUGCAGUCGGUGCAAAAGCUCAUUGACUUCAUGUACAGCGGCGUGCUGCGCGUCUCGCAGUCGGAAGCCCUGCAGAUCCUCACGGCCGCCAGCAUCCUGCAGAUCAAAACCGUCAUCGAUGAGUGCACGCGCAUCGUGUCGCAGAACGUGGGUGAUGUGUUCCCGGGGAUCCAGGACUCAGGCCAGGACACGCCACGGGGCACUCCCGAGUCGGGCACCUCGGGCCAGAGCAGCGACACCGAGUCAGGCUACCUGCAGAGCCACCCGCAGCACAGCGUGGACAGGAUCUACUCGGCGCUGUACGCCUGCUCCAUGCAGAACGGCAGCGGCGAGCGCUCCUUCUACAGCGGCGCAGUAGUCAGCCACCACGAGACGGCACUUGGCCUGCCCCGCGACCACCACAUAGAAGACCCCAGCUGGAUCACCCGCAUCCACGAGCGCUCGCAGCAGAUGGAGCGCUACCUGUCCACCACUCCCGAGACCACGCACUGCCGCAAGCAGCCCCGGCCCGUGCGCAUCCAGACCCUGGUGGGCAACAUCCAUAUCAAGCAGGAGAUGGAGGACGACUACGACUACUACGGGCAGCAAAGGGUGCAGAUCCUGGAGCGCAAUGAGUCCGAGGAGUGCACGGAAGACACCGACCAGGCCGAGGGCACCGAGAGUGAGCCCAAGGGCGAAAGCUUCGACUCGGGCGUCAGCUCCUCCAUAGGCACCGAGCCCGACUCCGUGGAGCAGCAGUUUGGGCCCGGGGCGGCACGGGACAGCCAGGCCGAACCCGCCCAACCUGAGCAGGCCGCGGAAGCCCCAGCCGAGGGCGCCCCGCAGCCGCACCAGCUAGAAACCGGUGCCUCCUCCCCCGAAAGAAGCAACGAGGUGGAGAUGGACAACACGGUGAUCACUGUCAGCAACAGCUCCGAUAAAAGUGUCCUGCAGCAGCCUUCGGUCAACACGUCCAUCGGGCAGCCAUUGCCAAGUACCCAGCUCUACUUACGCCAGACCGAAACCCUCACCAGCAACUUGAGGAUGCCUCUGACCUUAACCAGCAACACGCAGGUCAUUGGCACAGCCGGUAACACCUACCUGCCGGCCCUCUUCACUACCCAGCCGGCGGGCAGCGGCCCCAAGCCUUUCCUCUUCAGCCUGCCGCAGCCCCUGGCAGGCCAGCAGACCCAGUUUGUGACAGUGUCCCAGCCCGGCUUGUCGACCUUUACUGCACAGCUGCCAGCGCCACAGCCCCUGGCCCCAUCCGCAGGCCACAGCACAGCCAGUGGGCAGGGCGAAAAAAAGCCUUAUGAGUGCACUCUCUGCAACAAGACUUUCACCGCCAAACAGAACUACGUCAAGCACAUGUUCGUACACACAGGUGAGAAGCCCCACCAAUGCAGCAUCUGCUGGCGCUCCUUCUCCUUAAAGGAUUACCUUAUCAAGCACAUGGUGACACACACAGGAGUGAGGGCGUACCAGUGUAGCAUUUGCAACAAGCGCUUCACCCAGAAGAGCUCCCUCAAUGUGCACAUGCGCCUCCAUCGGGGUGAGAAGUCCUAUGAGUGCUACAUCUGCAAAAAGAAGUUCUCCCACAAGACCCUCCUGGAGCGACACGUGGCCCUGCACAGUGCCAGCAAUGGGACCCCUCCUGCGGGCACACCCCCGGGGCCCCGCGCUGGCCCCCCAGGGGUGGUGGCCUGCACGGAGGGGACCACCUAUGUCUGCUCCGUCUGUCCAGCAAAGUUUGACCAAAUCGAGCAAUUCAACGACCACAUGAGGAUGCACGUGUCUGAUGGAUAA